AUGUGCGUGUGUCAUCUAGAGUUACAAGACGACGUUACUAUUGCUGAAAAAGCACCCACUGCUCCUACGGCUGUACCAGCACCAUCAUUUGCACCCCUUGUAAUUCGGGUCGAUUAUAUACUUGAUCACCCCAAGGCUGGUGUUGUGUUUGUUGAACCAGACGAUGAACGCCACAGCCAUAUAUAUACCGUAAAUCAACCACUUCCUGGAGCAACCCGCGCAUGGUUACCAUGUAUCGACAAAAUUUCAGAAAGAUGUACUUGGGAAAUGGAAUUUGUAGUGCCACGUCGAAUGAGCGGUGUUACGGGUGAAUACGAUACAGAGGGAGUAUUUGAAGAAGAAGAGGACGCAACUGUGGUAGUUUGCAGUGGCGAUGUUGUAGAGCAGGUUGUCCAUCCUCUAGAUCCUUCAAAGAAAAUUGUGCACUACAGUUUGUCUGUACCUACCGCAGCACCUUUUAUUGGAUUCGCUAUUGGCCCUUUUGAAAUGAUAAAACUGUCGCCAUCACAACUCCAGGAAGAAGUGUUAAAUGCAGCCGAUUUGGAUGAAAAUCAACAACAGAGUCUGAUGGCUGAAAUUAACAUGAUGUCUAACAUCUAUGCAUUUGCGUUGCCGGGGAAGGAGGAAGAACUGAGCGUCAGCUGUAGUUUUCUUAUGCAUGCUAUGCAUUUCUACGCACAAGAAUAUGGAUCCUACCCAUUCUCUGAUUUUAAAAUGGUUUUUGUCGAAGAUGCUUGGAAUGAGACGGCUUCUUGUGCUUCAUUAGCAAUUUGCAGUUCACAUCUCCUUCAUCCCGCAGAUAUCAUUGACCAGACAUACCACACCAGGCAGGCACUGAGUUUGGCACUUGCAAGGCAGUGGUUUGGUAUUCACAUUACCCAAAAGUCUUGGCCUGAUACUUGGUUGGUUUGUGGUUUGGCAAACCUAAUAUCUUCAUUAUUUAUCAAACGUCAUCUGGGUAAUAAUGAAUAUCGACUAAGACUGAAGCGAGAUAUGGAAUUAUGUUGUGCACUUGAUGUGAACCGCCCACCUUUGUAUAAUCCUGCAUUACCUUCUCCAUUGGAUCCAGAGGAUCUUGACUUUUUGGAACUAAAGGCACCCCUGGUUUUGUACAUGCUGGACAAGAGGAUGUGUAAGGGUGGUGGCACUCUGGGUCUUUCGCGUGUUCUACCAAAGAUUCUUGUGUCAGCCAUGAGUGGAGAACUUGUUCAGAACGCCAUCAGCACUCAUUACUUUAUGAAACUGUGCCGAAAAGUCAGUGGAUUUGAUACAAAGACCUUUGCAGAUCAGUGGGUCUAUAAGAGUGGCUGCCCAAAGUUUGGAUUCAAUUUCCACUUUAAUCGUAAGAAGAUGGUGGUUGAGAUUUUUAUGCGUCAAGAAAACACAAAUACGGUAAUCGGUACCGGCGAAAAUUCGACAAGUCUGACAGCAGACGGAGGAGCAAUCAAUUUCCAAGAGCUUGUCACACCUCUGUUUACUGGAAAUUUAACAGUGCGUAUUCACGAAGCAGACGGAACACCUUACGAGCACAUCUUGGAUAUCCAAUCCAGCAAACACAAAUUUGAAGUCCAAUUCAACACUAAAUACAAGCGUAUUAGAAGAAACACAAAACAGGAGAAUGAAAAUGAAGAUGGCGAUGGCACAACAAAUGUGUUGGGAAUUAUACCUAGUUUAGGAUUGGGUAUGCCUAUAUUCGAGGAUCCUCAGCAGCGACAGGACUGGAAGAUUAUUGAGUGGGGACAGGACGAAGAAGACACAAGUGGAGCAGCAAGUGCGAUGUUCGAUUGGAUCCGUCUGGACGCAGAGUUUGAAUGGCUGAGUGUGUUCGAAUUCCAGCAGCCGGAUUAUAUGUGGGCAGCGCAAUUGACAAAGGACAGAGACGUUGUUGCCCAACACGAUGCAAUCGGAGCUCUUAGGCACAUGCCAUCAUUACCUACAUCCACUAGUCUUUUGAGAGCACUGUUGGAUCCGAAAUGUUUUUACAAGAUCCGCAUGGAGGCAGCCUACGCCCUCGCUACUUGUGCCAUCCCUAGCCUCGACUACACUGGACUUCAUCAGUUAAACAAAAUGUUCCAGAAGCGCUAUUGUUUCCCAACCGGAAAUUCACUCAUGGAAAUCGACGACGAAAUUCCUCUUAGCCUCGCAAUUCCAAAGCCAAACAACUUUUCAACCUUACCGGACUACUUUAUCCAAAAAGCAGUUGUAAUCGCGUUCUCUCAAGUACGCGACCAACAUGGUUUGGCCCCUAUCAAAAUCCGUCAAUUCUUGCUUGAUCUCCUAAAGUACAAUGACAAUAUCAGCAACGAGUUUUCAGACUGCUACUAUGUAGCCACACUUAUCUCUGCUGUUGGAGAUUCGGUAAUACCGUCGCCAGAUGUUCCAGAUGCCCUUCAAUUUGAUGAUAUUGAGGGCGAACAAUUAUUGACUGCAGUCAAGGCAGAAAUUGAACGUUUCCGUACAUUAGAUUAUGUGAUCCCUACAUAUCACAACGUUGUUACCGUAGCUUGUAUCAAGGUAAGUUUCAUCUCCUUUUUUGUGGAACACAAGUAA